AUGCAGGGCGAUGCCCCCCCCACACCCCCCGCAGGUCAUAGAGGAGCAAAUGUGCCCCAGGAAGGUCCAAAUCGUGGCCAGGCGGGACCAGGACACCCUGGAGGAGAGGGGUGGCGCCGCAGAGGAAGCCCCGCCCCUCCAGGGGGCUAUCUCCAUCUUGGGAGGAGGGAGGAAAGGCGUUUGGGUUCGGGGCAAGUGGUCAUGCCCCAGGGCAGAGCGGCUGUCGAGGGACCCAGGAGGCAGCGCAACGCGCAGGGCCUGGAAGACUGGCGGGCACGAGCUCUGCUCCCCGGUGGUAGAGGAAUAGGACGAAGAGGGGCUCCCCCUGCGCCAAGAGGCUCCCCGCACCACGAGGGCCGCCCAGCGCAGAGGAUCGGGCUGCAGUUCCUGGAGUCGCUCCUCCAGAAGGAGCCUUCGGAAGUGGCCAUCACCCUGGCCUCCAGCCCCAGCCUGAAGGAGGCCCUUGCUCCGACUGCGAUGAGGCCCUGCUUCCUGCAAGCCCUCUGCCAGGCCCUCCGCACGGCCUGCAGCUCCCGCAUCGACAGGCGCAGCAUCCAGCAGCUGAUGGGCGCCGUGAAGGACUCCAACUUCCUCAAGAUCUGCCUGCCGCGCUACGUGGCAAACAUGCUGACGGAGGCCACCCCGGCCGUGCGGCAUCAGUACCCGGAGCACAUCGACAACAUCGUGGUGCUGGUCCAGGAAAUGGCCAGCGUGUUCCCUGCCAGCUCCAUCCAGAACGUCUCCGUGCUCAUGUCUGCUUUGCCGGCAGCCGUCAACGCCCUGAGAGCCUCCGGCGUGGACUUUGCCCCGGAGACGGAGAGCCGGCUGGAGAAAGUGCAGGCCUUCAUCGGGCACCUUCAGGAGAAGAGGCGGGAGGGCACCCUGAAGGCGGACAGCUGCACCCUGGUGCAUCCCCUGGCUCCCGGCGAGGAGGCGGCCGCCUACCGCACCCUGUCCAUCUACCCCACCUACCAGGAGGUUCACGGGGACGAAAAGCCCUUCCUGCGCCCCAACAUCAUCUCCCAGCAGUACGAGAGCCCGGCCGUGUACCUGGACACCCAGUUCCGGCUGCUGCGGGAGGACUUCGUCCGGCCCCUGCGGGAAGGGAUCUUGCAGCUGCUCCAGAGCGUUGAGGACCGGGGGCUCCGGGGAAAGAGGUUCGACGACAUCCGGGUGUACUUUGACGUCCGCAUCCUCAGCCCUCUCUGCUCGGCCACUGGGAUUGACCACAAGGUGCAGUUUGACACCAAGUCCCUGAGGCUGGUCCGGUGGGAGAACUCCAAGCGGCUGCUCUACGGCUCCCUGGUCUGCCUCUCCAAGGACCACUUUGAGAGCUUCCUGUUUGCCACGGUGUCUCACCGGGACAGCCAGGACCUGCGGAAGGGUGUUGUGCACCUCUCUUUCAACAAGCACAGCAGGGCCCUGUUGGCCGACGUCGGCCCUGCCGACUCCUUCCUCAUGGUGGAGACGACGGCCUACUUCGAGGCCUACCGGCACGUGCUCAAAGGGCUGCAGGAGCUGCGAGAGGAGGAGAUCCCUUUUCAGGACUACAUUGUGAAAUGCGAGCCGCUCGUCAGAGCUCCCUCGUACCUGGAGACGGAGAGCAGGUAUGACCUCAGACCACUGAUGACAGCAGCUCCAGCCGCUGACGGGGGGAACAACUGCCGGGAUGCUCUGGCCGGCAGCAGGGUGGACAUUCUGGACCCUGACCAGUGGCCGGCUCUGGACCUCUUGGGCCUGGAUGCGUCCCAGAUGGAAGCCCUGCGGCUGGCCCUCACCAAGGAGCUGGCGAUCAUCCAGGGACCUCCUGGGACAGGCAAGACCUACGUGGGUCUGAAGAUAGUUCGGGCUUUGCUGCGCAACAAAGCCCAGCGGGGAAAGUCUCCCAUCCUGGUGGUCUGCUACACCAACCACGCCCUGGACCAGUUUCUGGAAGGAAUCUACACGUUCCAGAAAAGUGGGAUUGUGCGUGUGGGGGGGCGCAGCAGCAGUGAGAGCCUGCGGCAGUUCACCUUGCGGGAGCUGCGGAACAGAUUUCGGCACAAGCUGCCCUUCCGCUUGCGCCAGGCCUAUCACGAGAUCUCCAUCGAGAUGAGGAUUUCCCAGGAGGACCUGCAGGAGUCGGCUGCCUCGCUGGAGUGCAGCGGGUGCGGGAUCCUGCACGACAGCCACCUCCGGAGCUACAUGGCAAAGCCCCACUGGGAGAGCCUCAUGCGGGGCUGGGAGGAGGGCUGGCUGCCAGAGGGGACUUCUCUGCUGGUGGAGUGGCUGGGCCUCGGCCUCGCCCCUUUUGCCGGCAGCGACGAGGAGCAGCCGAAUGGGGAAGAAGAUGCUGCAGGGCCUCAGCAGGAGGGGGAGCCGGACCUGCUGGCCAUCGCAGAGGAGGCAGACCUGAUCCAGGAUGAGCGCCUGCUGGACAGUGAUGAAGUCGCUGCCCCCCACUUUCUGAAGCAGAAGCCCCCCCACCGCCAAGGUGCCACAGCUGGGCUGGCAGAUGUGCUCCUGGCCUUGAAGCUGGAGGAGGAGGAGGAACAAGGAAAGGGGAAGCCCCCCAGAGAGCUGCUGGGAAAUGGCGGCUGGGAGGUACAACGAGGGCAGAAGAAGAAGGUGAAGGAGAAGGUGAAGAGGGAGCUGAGGAAGCAGGAAGCCAUGACGGAGGCCCAGGCAGAGGCUGUCCAUGACGUCUGGCGGCUGGAUCGUGGCUCGCGCUGGCAGCUCUACAGACACUGGCUGCAGAAGUACCAGGCCGAGAUCCGGAGGAGCAUUCUGGAGGACGAGGAGAGCUACCAGGCGGCUGCAGAGAGGCUGGCAGAGCUGCGGCUCCACGAGGACCUGGCCAUCCUGGAGGAGGCCCAGAUUAUUGGGAUGACGACAACAGGAGCUGCCAGGUACCGCCAAGGGCUGCAGAAGGUGGCCCCUUGUGUGGUGGUGGUGGAGGAGGCAGCGGAAGUCCUGGAGGCCCACACCCUCACCACCCUCAGCAAGGCCUGCCAGCACCUCAUCCUCAUCGGGGACCAUCAGCAGCUGCGCCCGAGCGCCAACGUCUAUGACCUGGCCAAGAACUUCAACCUGGAGGUGUCCCUCUUUGAGCGGCUGGUGAAGGUCGGCCUGCCCUUUGUCCGCCUUGAUUUCCAGCACCGCAUGCGGCCAGAGAUCGCCCAUCUCCUCACCCCGCACAUCUACCAGGAGCUGGCCAACCAUCCCUCGGUGCUCCAGUAUGACAACAUCAAGGGCGUCUCCUCCAACCUCUUCUUUGUGGAGCACCAGUUCCCCGAGCAGGAGAUCCAGGAAGGGCGGAGCCACCAGAACCUUCACGAGGCCCGCUUUGUGGUGGAGCUGUGCCAGUACCUGCUGCGCCAGGGUUACCUCCCCUCCCAGCUCACCAUCCUCACCACCUACACGGGCCAGCUCUUCUGCCUGCGCAAGCUGCUGCCGGCCAAGGCCUUCCAGGGGGUGAAGGUGCACGUGGUGGACAAGUACCAGGGGGAGGAGAACGACAUUGUCCUCCUCUCCUUGGUGCGCAGCAACCCGGCAGGGCGGGUGGGCUUCCUACAGAUCCCCAACCGCGUCUGCGUGGCCCUUUCCCGCGCCAAGAAGGGCCUCUACUGCAUCGGGAACAUGGCCAUGCUGAGCCAGGUCCCGCUCUGGAGCAAGAUCCUGCACACGCUGCGGGAGAAGGGCCACAUCGGCCGCUCCCUCCUGCUCUGCUGCCAGAACCACCCGGACACCAGGACCGCCGUGGCCUGCGCUGCUGACUUCAGCAAGGCUCCCGAGGGGGGCUGCAGCCUCCCCUGCGAGUACCGGCUGAGCUGCGGCCACGUCUGCCCCCGGGCCUGCCACCCCUACGACCUCCAGCACAAGGAGGUGCAGUGCGUGAAGGACUGCCAGAGAAGGCUAUGCGCCAACGGGCACCGCUGCCCCAAGCUGUGCUCUGAGCCGUGCGGGAAGUGCCUGGUUUUGAUGCCCCGGGUUUUGCCCAAGUGUGGGCACCUGCAGCAGGUCCCGUGCUCAACCCGCGCAGAGGAGUUCUGCUGCCAGGCACCCUGCGAGAAAACCCUCCGGUGUGGGCACCCCUGCAGGGAGACCUGUGGCCAGGGGUGCACCAGGCGCUGUCCGGAAAUGGUUCCAGUCACCCUGGCGUGUGGGCACAGCCAGCAGGUGACGUGCUGCACUGCGGCAGACAUGGAGAGCGGGAAGCCUGUGCCGUGCCAGGAGAAAUGCCUCAGCAUGCUGGAAUGUGGCCACCCGUGCCCGGGCUCGUGCCACUCCUGCUUCAGUGGCCGAUUUCACGAGCAAUGCAGAAGGCCCUGCAAACGCCUCUUGAUCUGUUCUCACCCGUGCAAACAGCCGUGCACCAGCAAGUGCCCCCCCUGCCAGCGGCCCUGCGAGAACCGCUGUGGCCACAGCCUCUGCCCAAAGACGUGCGGGGAGCCCUGCACCCCCUGUGCCGAGCCCUGCGAGUGGCGCUGCCAGCACUACCAGUGCACCAAGCUCUGCUCCGAGCCCUGCGACAGGCCCCGCUGCGAUGUGCCAUGUCCGAAGCAGCUGCCGUGCGGCCACACGUGCGCUGGGAUGUGCGGGGAGCCGUGCCCCUCCAAGUGCCUGCAGUGCGACCGGGAAGAGCUCACGCAGAUCUUCUUUGGCUUUGAGGAUGAGCCCGGGGCUCGCUUUGUGCAGCUGGAGGACUGCAAACACGUCUUCGAGGUCACGGGCCUGGACUGCUACAUGGACGAGGGCGGAGGCGACGCCAUCAGGCUGAAGGUGUGCCCCACCUGCCAGACGCCCAUCCGGAAGAACCUGCGCUACGGCAUGCUGGUGAGGAGGAGCCUACAGGAGGUUGAGAGUGUGAAGGAGCGGAUCUGGGGCUCCCCAGGGGAGGUGGCUGCCACUCAUCGCCGGCUGGAGGUCAAGCUGAAGGCCGGUGCCAGGGCUCUGGAGCAGCAUCUGCCCCAACAGUACCAGCAGCUGUUGGAGAAGCUGGAGCAGCCCUCUCUCUCCCACCAAAGGCUGGAGGUCCUGGAGAACCAGGUGGGCUUCUUCCUGCGGCUGGCUGAGCUGCAUGCCUCCCUGAGCAAGCUGGACCCCCGGGAGCAGGAAGGUGUGAGGAGACGGCUGGUGGAAGUGGCCCAGUGGCUGGAGGGGCCCCACCUCACCCUCACCCCCCAGCAGCUGCUGGACCUGCAGGCUGAGAUGCAGCGGCUGGCCUUCCUCCUGGACCUCCUGGGUGCCUGCAGCGCGGCAGCAAGAUGGAAGCCGCUGGAAGAGCCCACGGCGGAGCUGAUCGCCUCAGUCAGGCGGGUCCUGGAGGCCGCGGGGAGGUUCACCCCAGAAGACGAGAGGUUCGUGAAGGAGAAGAUGGAGGCGGUGAAGGCCGCUCUGCCCAAGUCAGGGCUGGGCAUCUCCGAGGCAGAGAGGGUGCAGAUCGUCACUGCCGUCAUGACAAACCGGCAGGGGCACUGGUUCAAGUGCCAGAAUGGGCACAUUUACGUGAUCACCGAGUGUGGGGGCGCCAUGGAGGAGGGCCGCUGCCCAGAGUGUCAGGAAGUUAUUGGAGGGACUAACCACAGGUUGGAUCCCAGUAACCGGCUGGCCCCCGAGAUGGACGGGGCGACCCACGCUGCCUGGUCAGAGGCUGCCAACCUCCUGCUGCGUGGGGCCGAGCGGCACGGGUUCCUCUAGGAAGGCCCUGCCUUGGUUAUCUCCCCAUCCCCGCAGACCCACCUUUUCUCACCUGCUUGGAAGCUCCAGCAGCUGCUGAAGUCUUCUGGAACCUCUGCUGGAAGUGGGCCUGGCCCCACACUGUCUUUUCUGAACAAGGGGGAGGAACUAGAGAUGUGAAGGCCGGGGAAAAAUAUGGGGAAAUUUGGGGAAAAAACCUUUCUGUUGUUUUUUUCCUGAAGCCUAUUUGGUUUUUUUCUGAAUAAUUGGAAAAAUGGAAUAAAAUAAAAUGAAAUGUUCCAUAAUACAUUUUUUAACAUGAUGAAUAAAAUAUUUUAAGACAA